GAACUUCGGCUUGGCAGCCAAGGCCACGGUAGCAUUUGCCGUUCUUUGCGAAGGCCUCCUGCUGGCUUUUCCGAAUAUGUCCAUCCGCAUGAUGUUCCUGUUCCUGCUGGACCUGCCAGUUCUUGCCUUCUUCUUGGUAUUCUUCUUUGGGCAGCACCUCACUUGCGGAGUCUGCGGUCCUCACUUCUGGGUGGACAGGCUCUGCGUGGACCAAACCGAUGAGACAACGAAGUCUCAAGGGAUCGCAGGCUUGCCCACGAUUGUGGCGAACUCUUCUCAAAUGCUCGUCCUCUGGGACAAGUCAUACUACGAACGGCUCUGGUGCAACUUUGAGCUCUCGAUUUUCGUGAAGAGCCACGGUCUCCAAAAUCUGCGGCUGAUGCCAUUGUGGCUCACUCCGUGGUUGCUGACGACGAUGUUGUUCUCUUAUUGUUCAGCUCGGCUCGUCGCUGUCUUCACCGAGUGCACGCCCAGCUCUGGCAGCAAUGACACGAGUAAGUUUUCAGGAGUUGAGGGCGACGCACUUAUGUUCGGCCUGCAGCGGCUUUGUCAGUAUCUGAGUCUCGCGUACAUCUUCUUCCUCUUUCCGCCCAUCAUGGUCGCUGUCGUCUCCUUCCAAAAGAAGUUGGAUGGACACCGAGAUAUGUUGGAAAGCAUGAAGUCGUUCGAUGUGCGACAUGCCAAAUGCUCUGUCGAGAACGACCGCCUUGUCAUCCAGGCGCAUGUGGCUGAGCUUUUCGACGGGCUCGAGGAUCCCAUCAUCGCUGUGCCGAUCGAAGUGACGGUUCCCUGCAGCACUUCCCCGCUCCGGCGGCUGGAUUUCACACUGCGCCUUUUGGGUUUUGAGGACCUUUGGGAGCCGCCGAUCUCGGCCCCUGGUGGAAUCUUCGCGCCACAGAAGAGAACGCAAAAAGCGUACGCAGGCCAGGACAAUUUUGAGGACAGCGACCAGUCGCAGCUACCCCGACAGCUGGACCGAAUCAGAGCCAUGACCUGGCAAUGCCAACAGUGCAAGCAGUGCGCCAAGGCCACUGCCAACUACUGUCCCAAUUGUGGCAGUGGGGCCUCCACCUACUCGGCCAACAGCUCGCAUCAGGCUCCGUGGCAUGGCCCGCGGAGGGAUGUGGAGACAUGGGGAUCACAGGCCUGGCAUGGGGAUGGUCAAGAUUGGAAGCGCCACCCGUCGCCGAGGCGGAGACAGCCAUCGCCUCGACGCAAAGGCAAGGACACCAAGGGCAAGCAGAAGUUUGGGAAGGGUCCCAACGAUCGCGCAGGCAAAGGCCUGCCCAAGGAGGGGGAACAGAUGCCGAUGGUUCCUUCUACCGCGCAGCUGCCAGCCGCGCCCAACUUGGUAGCCAGUGUGCCGCCAAAAGCCGCGGCGACUAUGGUGCAGCCGCCUACGGUGGAGAAGCAGCAGCUGGAAGUUCUGAUGCAGUCACUGCAGGCACACCGGGGACAAAUCCCACCGGAAACGCUGCAGGUUUUGGACAAACUCCAAGCAGACAGCACCCAGUCGUCGGCACGGAACAUGCACCGGGCCGUAGCUGCACGCACCAAUGCGAAAAAGGAGCUCGACAGGAUUCGUUCGAAUCGGAUCCUGUACCUGGACCAAUGGCAUGCCUAUGUGGACGGGGUUGUUGCCAUGCUGACCAAGCAGAUGAGCGAGCAGGCGGCAGCCUUGGCACAGCUUGCGGAAAGAGAGGCCGAAUGGGCAGAGGCGUUCCAGAGAGCACAAGCCGAUUUGAAGCGGCUUGCUGUUGUGGAUGCAGAGGAAGCCGCUGCCGAGGACGACGAGGAUGCCAUGGACAGUGGCGAGGCCAUGGUGGACGCGGCGCUUCGAGAUGCCGCAGAGAUCCGCGAGGAGCAGGCCAGACAAGAACAGCACCGGCAAGCAGUUCUUCAGCAGCUACAAGUGAUCAGCGAACAGGCCAAAGAACAGGCAGAAUCGAGCAGGCGCGAGGGCUCAAGGACGCCCAGGCGCAGCAAAGCCGACACCCACGAGGGGCCGAAGGUGCAGCCGGAAGCAGACAAAGCAAAAGACAAGGGCAAAGAUGGCUUGUCCUUGCCCCCUGGAUGCUACAUUUACUUCCGAUUGGUGGGCCACCUUUUUAGGACGAUGACGGGCUGUUUUCAGUUUCCUGUGUUGCUGGGGCGGACAGUGCUGUGCCUUGUGUACAGGGAUGCCUACAUAAGGUGGGCCAGGGAGUUAGCUCGGGCUGCAAGGUCUUUCUCGCGCCUUGCCGGUUCCAAGGCAGGUUCCUGUCGAGCCUUGGCCGGACCACAUGUGCCCUUUACUCGCCUGGACUUUGCUCACCUCGAUGCUCUGUCGCAGCCUGUGCGCCUGGGUGGUUGCACGGCACCGUUCUUCUGCCAUGUGGAUUUUGCAAACCUUGGGGCCUCAUUGCAGCUCCGGCACCAUGGUGGUUGCAUGGCACAGUCUCUCAAUCCAACUGACUGUGCAAACCUUGAUGCCCUGUCGCAGCCUGUGCACCCUGAGCGUAGCACGGCACGGUCCAUCCUUUCAGUGGACUUAACUCGCCUUGAUGCUCUGUCGCAGCCUGUACGCUCUGAUGGAUGCACGGCACAGUCCCUCCUCGCUGUGGACUUUACGCACCUUGAUGCCCGGUCGCAGCCUGUGCACCUUGGGGGUAGCACGGCACAGUCCUUCAGUCCACCGGAUUCUGCAUACCUUGCCGGUUUCAAGGAAGGUUCCUGUCGAGCCUUGGCCGGUCCCUUGGAGUUCCCAGGCCCUCUUGUGUUGCCAGCUGAACCGCCGUCCCUUCUAUGCAGGCCAGGACCUCCCAGACCGUCAGAUAUCAGCAAGAUGUGUGCGGGACGCGUGACUGUGCUGCCAGAGCACCUGGCCAGAUAUCCAGUUAACGAGAUCCCACUGGAUCAGCUUGGUCUGUUUGCGCUCGAACCCAGCAACCCGCGGCGGCAGCUCAGAUUUUCGGUCUUUGAUCGGCAGCGCCAUCAUGUCCAUCGGACAGCGGCCUAUGGAUGGUCAUUGCAGGAUCUGGUUGCCGAGGCAGUGCGCACAGCGGGCGAGCGCAUACGGUGUGUUCAAAUCAUCGCCAACCAUAUGCCCGAUUUGAUGGUGCCACAGCUUGUUCUGACGCCGGAGGCGGCUCUGCCCACACACCACUGCGUUCCGCUCGAUAUGCGUGCCUUUGGAGGACGGCCUUGUACACUGCUUCUCCAGCCUGGGAUGAGUACGCAAGACGUCAUCCGGGAAGUAGUGGGACAUUGUCCUGGAGGCCCCCUUUUUACCCCGCCUACGCCUGAUCAGGAUUACUUCCUUGUUGAUGCGCAAGGCGGCGUUUGGGAUGAGCUGCCGGCCGACCUUACGCAGCUCCAGUGGUUGCGGCUAUGUAGCCACCAGCAUGGCUUAAACAUGGGUGUGGCUAUGGAGCUUGAGCCUGAGCCGCCCCAGCCUGCGGCUAGCACUACCACCACAGCGACCUGGACCCAGGGCCAUGAUAGGGUUGAGUUUGUCUCGUUUGUGCUAGCUGGGUUGGGCAUUACGGUGCGGUUGCACCCGCAACACAUAGCGCAAGCGCGCGUGCCCGAUUCCAUAGCCGACCUCAUAAUGGCGAUCGCGCGCCAGAGGCAGCUACCAGCUCGUUCCAGAGUAGUGCUUGCGGCUGCACAGCCUAUUCCGCUCACUCCUCAGCACAUCACGAUCAUCUUUACCCUGUAUCCGGACGAUGCCAGGCGACACCUGAUUCUUGACCCGUCUGCAGACGGCUCAAUGGCCCAAGGGAUCUCUGUGGAUGAUAAUGCAUGGCCUGACGAGCUCCUGGGGCCGGCACAAGCAAGGCAGGGCUUUGUGAUUGCGGUCAAUGGAGUCACGCAAGCUGCUGUCCGGCGCGUGUUAUACAACGGAGAUUAUGCGCAAGUUGUCCGCAUGCCGCAGAUGCACCGAGUCACUCCCACAGAUUGGCACUACCAGCUCUUUCCGGAGCUGAGACUCUUUGCCUUUCCCAUUGAAGUGCCCAGGUUGCAGAGAGCUACGGCGGCCCCCUUGGACGCACUGAUCCAAACACAGGUCAGGGAUAGCUUCCUGCGGUACUUCCGUGAACGCCUCGCUCAUCGAGACAGAGUGAUGGGGCUCCCGGCUGCCGACACGCAGGCCAUCAUAGUGCAGGGGCCCAAUCAUGCCCCAGCUAUGCUGUAUGUCCCCGGGCGCAUCAGCCCAGUCUUGUCUGAAGUUGAAGACAGCAUCUCGCAUACGGGUCUGUUUCUGAUUGGCACGACAUUUGCCGACUCUUGCGAGCUCACGCAUCAGCAUAUGCCACUGUUCCUGUCAAUUCCACCCGGAACACAAAACAUUGGCAUGUUUGUGCCUGCGCCUACCUUCUUUUUUGGGUACUAUCAAGUCUGGCUCCCCCCUGGGGUUAGCCCUGCAUCCCUUGACUUACCGGUACGUCGAGGAUUUGUGCUUGAUUACCCUGAGGUUGUGCGACCAGCAGCUGCCAUCACGCAGCGUCGCGCCAGUGCACCCACACGUGAGCAAAGGCGGGCGACCCUCUAUGGAGGUACCGCUAUGGUACAGAUUCCGGACUAUGCUGCCAAACGUGCCAAACGCUGCCAGGCGUAUUUGCGAGUGCAUGAUAUCCAGGAUGAGUGUUCCUGCUCUGAUGGUCAGGUUGUCUGCUUGGAGGCCGGUGUACCAGGUCCUGAUACUGAAUCAGCAGGGGUCCCGAUGCCUGGGCAAGCACAACGUGUUUCUGUGCCUACGCCCUUCGGCCGCAGGGGAGUGCCUCGCUCCUCGGAGGUUAGAGCCUCCGUCCCGGCAAUCGGUUGUCAGCCGCAGCUUGAACCGCCUGUUGUUCCCACUCCUGGUUCGGCACCUCAGUAUGCCGCAGCGAGGCCCCAGCAAAGCGUAAAGCGAACGCUUGUACUGCACAGCUUACUACCUGAUCAUGAUUGCCAAAGGGAGGCUCAGCUGUGCUUUGCCACGCCAAGCGACAACCUCAGGCAUGCCCUUGCGCCCUUUCACCUGGACAAUUUGUGCCGCGACGCGCUCCCUGCGUCACACCUGCACCCAGCCGCUGCAGAGAUGUUGGCGCAUCUGCCACCCAGAAAUGCCGAGCUCGCGGUUGAAGCGGCCAUGCUGUUUGUUGAUGGCUCCUUUGAGCACGCUGUUUCCACCUGGGCUGUGGCAGUCUUAGUCUGCCAGCACGGGCAGUGGAGCUGGGCGGGAUAUCUGGCGGAUGCUGUCCCAUCUGCUCUUUCGCCCUCCUCGGCAUACGAUGGGGAACUCUUCGGACAGUUCGUCGCCCAUGGCAUUGUCGCAAGCGCGGAGGUUCCGGCUGUUAUUUUCUUCGACAGCACCUCAGCUUCCUUGGUUGCAACGGCGCAAGCAGCCACGUGUGCACACACCGCCCUGAGUAGAGCAGUGGCGUCUCUGCAUUUUCUGUGUCAUGUCGCAGGCUGCCAGCCGGUGGCCCACUACGUGAAGUCCCAUUCGGGACAUCCGGGAAAUGAACUCGCGGAUAGUGUUGCCAAGGCUGUCCUCAAGGGCCGACUUGCACCAGCCCCUUUGAGUGACGAACACGUCGUGUCAUAUAUCCUGCAAGGAGACUUUGACACUAUAUGGAUCCACCGUGCCCAUGACCGUUGCGGCACCUGGCCCCAGUUUGAUGACCAUGGGGAUGCUCUGCCCAUUGUCCCGUGGCCACAACAUAGCCGGGUCGACACUCCGGCACAAUGGGCUUUCGACAGCCAAGCCGGCACUGAACGGCUAUGCCGCUUGAAGGGCCGGAUUGCUACCUAUAAUACUCUCAGUGCUGUGAGCCCUCUGCAGAGACAGUGCCUCAGUGCUUUCAUGCGACGGCAUGGCAUCCUGUUUGCUGGCUUUCAGGAAUGCAGACAAGCCUCCGCUAGCCCCAUUGUCCAGGAUGGUGUUCUCCGGCUCAGCAGCCCCUCACCGGAAGGCCGCGGAGGCUGCCAGCUCUGGGCAGAUCUCCAUGCCUUGCCGGGAGGACACAUGCAACAAUUUAGUGUCCACUACCGCCAUCCGCGACUGCUUGUUGUUUUAUAUCAAGCUGGUGGCCUCAGGAUUGCAUUUGUUGUUGGGCAUUCGCCAGACUCUACUACACCGGAGGAAGAGCGGGCUGCAUGGUGGGAGCUCUUGAAGGCCAGACUACACUCACUGCCACCAAACACUGCGCCUAUUCUGCUCCUGGAUGCCAAUGCCAGAUACCGGGCGCCACAGGCGGAUGAGAUGGCAGAGGUCCCUACCAAUGCCAAUGCACAAGCCUUUGAUGCCAUACUUCAGGAAUAUCAGUUGAGCCGAACCCCAGCAUGCGAUGCCAAAGGGCUGCCCUACCCCACCUGGCGGUCUCCUCAGGGUGUCUGGGCAUGUCUCGACUACAUGGCUGUGCCUGCGAUUUGGCGAGAUGGCUUCCAGCCCCUUGGGGUGCAGCCCAUCCUGGACACACAUGCUGGCAUCGAUCAUCAACCAGUCUUGGCAAAAAUCUCUGUCAACCUCCUGGUGCCCGCCCAGCCAAAGAGUCGCCUCAAUGUUGAUCUAAUGCGAUCGCCCGCAGGCGUGGCCAGGAUCCGAGAGACCAUGCGUAGCCUGCCUGCUUGCCCAUGGCAUAUGGAUGUUGAUGAUCACUUGGUGGCCAUCAAUACUCAUAUCCAUCAAUGCAUUCACGACCACUUCCUUAAGCCUGUGAGGAGUGCGCGUAAGCCGGGUGUCUCUGCCUUCACUAUGGAGCUUCUGCGCGCCAAAAGGCAAUGCCGCCGCCGGCACCAUAGGCGCGAGGGUCUGCAUCGGCGGAAGCUCCUGGCAGUUUGCUUGCAGGCCUGGCGCGACGCCGGCACGGGCCACCAGACCGAGCCACGCUACCAUCCGCCUGACAUACAGGCCCAUGACAGGCUAUGCGCCGAGCACAUCGCUGAUAUGCAGCGGUUGUGCCGACACCUGCGCAGGUCCUUCCGGCAUGACGAAGCGGAAUAUGCGCGCGCAAUGUACCAGCAGGCCCGACAGGCUGGACCGGCGCAUCUAGCUCGCGUGCUCAGGUCAGUGCUGAGAGUUGGACGCAGCUAUAAGCCACCACGCAUUGCACAGGGCAUUGAAGGACCGAACGGCCUCGAGACAGAUCCCCAUGCCAUCAAGCAGCUUUUUGGUGAUCAUUUUGCUGCUAUCGAGGCGGCCAAGCCUUGUGCGUUGCGUGACUUGCAGCAGGAAUGUACGCCAGCAGCGGGCACCCGGCUGCUGGCGGCUGGGCUGCCCACCCCAGUUGAUCUGGCUUGUCCGAUUGAGUCUGCGGCAGCCCACCUGCCAUUGCUCCAUAAGAUGACCACCAGAGGCAAGUGCCCAUUGCUUUGGCGCGGGCUGCUGGCAGUUCCUCUGCCAAAGCCGAAUAAGCCUUCGAAUCAGGUCACAGGCUAUAGGUCAAUCGCCCUCCAAGAGCCGGCAGCCAAAGCUGUAUCGAAAUCGAUGCGACCGGCCUUGAUCACGGGCUUCCAGGCUGUUUGUCUGGAUAGCGUUGGGGGAGCAAGACCUGACAUAGCCACGGACUAUCCAGCAAGUGGCGUGCAGCUACACCUCAGGGCUCUCAAACGACAGGGCAUUUCUGGCUCUGUUGUGUUUGUGGAUGGGGUCAGCGCCUUCUACGCCGUCCGCAGAGAGUUACUCUUCACUGAUAAUCUGCAGACGGUUCUGGAUCGAGUUCAAGGGCUGCCGGUUGAGGAUGAAGUGCGGCAGCGUUUUGUGCAAGGCCUUAAGCAACAUGGAGCUCUGGCCUCUGCCAACAUCCCUGAGGCUGUGCAGCGCCUGCUCAAGGCCACCCUGAACGCGACGUGGUUCACUACCGAUCCGGCGAACUCGGUGGCCCAGCACACCUCUGCCGGCACCAUUCCCGGUGCUCCCCUGGCAGACUUGUUGUUCCAGUUUUGUCUUGAUCUGGUGCUCCAUGCCCUCGCUGACCAUCUCGAAGCUGAGGACAUCCAGGCGCGGCUCGUUCACGAUGGGGCCCAGAUCUGCUCUGCUGCUCCGCUCUCUUGGUUGGACGACUUGGCAAUUUUGCUGCAGGCGAAGUCGCCGGACAGGGCCGCACCAGAUGCUAGCCGAGCUACCGCCCUUAUUGGACAGUAUUUGUCCAUAGUUGGAAUCCAGCUUAACACGCAAGCUGGGAAGACGGAAGCCAUUGUCGUGUGGCACGGCCCGGGAUGCCAGGCUGCGAGAUAUGAGACUAUGGUCCGCCAGGGCGCGACUGUGCAGCUCACUCUGCCGAACGGCGAGACUGGGCGCCUUCGGUGUGUGCUCGACUAUGUGCACUUGGGUACAAGGCGAGAGGCUGACGGAGACUUGCGGUCGGCUUUGGAUCACCGUCACUGUGAAGCUCGAAGCGUGUACAAGGCGGUCAAACAGCGCCUACUGACCAACCAGUUUUUGACGCUUGCCGAGCGACAGACGCUCUUUGCAUCCCUCGUCCUUAGCCGAUUCAUGCACGGAUCUGGGACGUGGUUGUUUACAACUUCGUGUUUGCAGCAGCGUUACCACACUCUGUACAUGGGUUUGCUACGUGGGGCAGUGCGACCCUUGUACGGAUUCUCAUGCACACGACUAGAGGCUGAAGAAGUUUGCACCCUCAUGCGGGCCAUGCUGCCUGAGGAGGCACUGGCCCAAUCACGAGUGCGCGUCCUUGCGGGCUUGGGGCGCAAUGGGGGGCAUUAUCUACAGGCACAGUGUGCAGCAGAUUCCGACUGGGUUACAGCCUUGAGGUCGGACGUUUCUUCUAUUGCCAAGGUUCUGGCUGAUGAAUCGCUGCAAGGCUACGCGGCCAUGCUACCUGACUCCAACCUGGCAUGGAUCAAGUCAUGGCCCUGGUCCAAAGAGCGUACGCGGGUUAGGCUCGCAGCCUUUCGCCAAGCAGUGAUACGCUCACGCCAAGGCCGGCAUGUUCAGGUCUGCAACAAGGCAAAGGCUCAUAACCGUGUCUUGGAGAUGGGGGCCUGUUUCUAUCGCCUGGCUGACCCGCUGCCGGAGAGCCGCAUACACCCCUGCCCUGAGUGUAAGGCCAUGUUCUUGACCAAGUCGGCGGCAGCUGCGCAUAGAGCGGCAUGCCAUGAUGUCCGCUCGGACGCUGCCUUCGCUGUCGGAACUGCCUGUGAAGUAUGCCGGCGUCAAUUUUGGGACACCAAGCGUCUCUCCCAACACUUUCGAUCUUCUCCACGAUGUGCUGCCGUAUAUCGUGAAGCUGAUCUGCAGCCGACCCAACGGGAGGUUUUAGCCGAUAAGCGGAUGCCUCCACAUGUGGUCGUGGGACCGGCCCCGUGGUGGUCCACGAUGACACAUGAACCGUCCACUCCUCCUGUCCCUACUCCCAACGCCGUAAACUACCUGCAUGACCUCCUCAAUAUGCAGAUUGAGAAGCAGGUACCACUUUUCUUUCGCAUGCUGGCGUGUUCGGUUGAGUCACAAGGGCGGGAUGUUGUGUUGGAUGCAAUCCAGUCUGUACAGGGCAGCGAUGAAUGGCUUUUGGUCGUUCAGGUUGCUUCGGUUUUGGGCCAGGACUGUGAGCUGCAUGUUUUUACAGCAGGCCAGUCUAUGGCAGCCUUUCAGGCAGGUAACCUUCUUUUAGGACCUGCGGCCGCCGUGCGAGAGAUACUCGCAGACGGAUGGCGGAACCUUUAG